AUGGCGUUUCACCCGUUCGAGGUCGACGCAGUCCAUCUCGCGUAUACCAUCCUUGGCGCGUUCGUCGUCAUCUUUGGUCUCUUCUCCGGCUUCAUCAAGGAGAAGCUCUACCUCGGUGAAGCACCGAUUGCAACAGUCACGGGCAUUAUCCUAGGCCCGCAUGUGCUUGGUUUAUUCGAUCCGAUAGGAUGGACCCAUGAGCAGCACACAAUCGACUACAUCACGCUCGAGGUGACCCGAGUGGUCAUUGCCAUCGGCGUGUUCGCCAUUGGCGUCGAGUUGCCUAAGGCUGUCGUCGGUGGAAAGUUUGCAGACAAGCACGUCCCGUCGCACAUCCGUCACCUGCUCUCCGCCGAGUCGGGAUGUAACGAUGGAGCGGCGUUCCCUUUCCUCUACAUCGCCCUGUUCCUGACCCUUGAUAAGAGUGCCGGUCACGCCGUUGGAGAAUGGUUCUACUACACCUGGGUGUACGAGAUCAUCAUGGGCACCCUCAUCGGUACGCUCCUCGGCUGGUCGGUGCGCAAGGUCAUGCAGUUCUCGGAGCGCAAGAAGAUCAUUGACCGUCAAUCGUUCGUCGCCCAAUACGUGAGCUUGGCGAUUCUGUCCAUUGGCAUCUGUACCCUUCUCGGCAGUGAUGACCUGCUGGCCGCUUUCGCAUGUGGUACGGCGUUCGCCUGGGACGGUGCGUUCAACAAGGCGACCGAAGACUCCAUGUUCUCCAACGUCAUCGACCUGCUCUUCAACUGCGCGUGUUUCAUUUACAUCGGUGCGAUCAUCCCCUUCAAGGACUUUGGCAACGCUGCAUUCCACCUUUCGGUGUGGCGUCUCAUCGUGCUCGCGAUCCUGAUUUUGCUCCUGCGCCGCAUGCCCAUCAUCCUCGCACUGUACAAAUUCAUCCCCGACCUCAAGACGUUCCACGAGGCCGUCUUCGUCGGCUGGUUCGGCCCCAUGGGUGUUGGAGCUAUUUUCAUUGCCACUCUGGCUCGCCACCACAUCCCUGAGCCGGUGAACGACGGCGACACCUCGCAGGUCGACCUGCUGCAGGAGACGAUCGUGCCCGUCGUGUCGAUGCUCGUGCUCGCGUCGGUGCUGACGCACGGCCUGUCGAUCCCCUUCUUCAUGUCUGGCCGUCGCGUGCACACUCUGACGUACACGUGGUCGCGCAACCCGUCGAUCGCGACGAACAACGAGCCGGCUUGGACGACGCAUGCGCGCCGCAUCAUUCCUGGCCAAGACGUCGAGAUCAACCGCGACGAGGAGGAGGGCGACCUCGGCAUGCAACAUCGCAUGGAGAAGUCGAGUCACGGCGACACGACGGACAGCUCGCACUCUGGCUCGCAGACCAGGACGAUCGAGGGUCAAGGCGAGAAGAUCACGGAGAAGCGCACGCGCGAUGGCGAGGAGCACGUCCGCGUCGUCAACGACGGCGCAGGCACGCCUCCAAUCGCCGAGUACCGCGAGGGCCAUGAUCUGAUCAUUGAGCACCGCGAUGGCGCAGAUGACUGUGACGUGACGACGCACGUUGUCAAGAAUGCGUUCCGUGACAACGGCGAGCCGCACUCCAAGUUUGAGGAAGCGCGCGACGUCGUGCACAACAUCAUCCACAGCCGGCCCGGGUCUCGCUCGUCGAGGUUCUCGCGCCAGUCUCGCGAAUCGGGCCAUUCCAUGACGCCCGUGGCGUCGAUCGACAGCGAGCACGCCGAUGACGGUUUCGUGCGCCGCGAGACGGGUGAUGGUAAGAACAUCAUCGAGCUGCCGCCGAAUGACUCGCCGCGACCUGCUCGCGUCGACACUCCUCCAUCACCGAGGAGCGGCGCACCCCCCGUCAUCGUCACCGACCACGCAUACGACAGCGAUUCUGAGCACUCGACCAACGCAGGCAGCGACUACGAGGACAAUGGCGGCCGCCGGCCGUACGCGCACCUGCAGCGCCCCAGCGUGUCUUCGUCCCGUGACGAGCCCUCCGUCAGCCGCACGCAGAGCACGCGCGACUCCCUACCCCACGUGCACAGCUACAUCCCCGCCGAGCGCCUCGCGCCAAAGAAGGAGACAGGCGGUUGGCGGCGCUUCUUAGGUGUUGGGCGGAAGCCGCAGUCCUCGCACCACGCGGCCGAGGAGGGCCGCGCGCGCCCGUCGACGCCCGACUCGGACGACGGCGGCUUCAAGCGUGUCCCUACCACUCGCAGCGUGCACCGCACAGCGACGCUGGACCCGAACGAGGGCGGCAUCCCGCUGACGCGCACGCUGUCCCGCGCGAUCAGCUUUGCGCCUGACAUUGCGCCGAGCUCCGACACCGCGCCGAGUAUCGGCAACAAUGGCAACAAUGCGCCCGGCUUCAAGCGCAACCCGGACCUGAGCCUGUUCCGGUCGUCGAGCAUCCGUUUCGCGGAUGACGAGGACGAUGAUGACAACGACAAUGGCGGAGGGCAGAGUGUCAGCUUUGCCGAGCCGAAGAAGUGA